AAGUCGGUAAGUCAGCUGUUGUUCCCUGGGCCGUUGACAGCUCGGUGUGUGCAGACCUUCGGGACUUCGGAGCUCGGCGAGAAAUUCUGUCAAAGAACAUGAAGAAAAGCAGAGAAAGAUUCUGCAACAGAGAAAGGGAAUUUGUGUAUAAAUUCAAAGUAGGAAGUCAGUGCUUAGAACUGAGGGUGCCUCUCAAAUUUCCUGUUCAAGAGAAUGCCAGUCAUUUGCAUGGACGUCUGAUGUUGCUACACAAUUUACCGUGCUUUAUAGAAAAUGACUUAAAAGAAGCUCUGAGCCAAUUUAUAGAAGAAGAAUCCCUUCGAGAUUAUGAUAGAGAUGCUGAGGCAUCCUUGGAAGCUGUGAAAUCAGGUGAAGUAGAUUUACAUCAGUUGGCAAGUACAUGGGCCAAAGCUUAUGCUGAGACCACAUUAGAGCAUGCAAGGCCUGAGGAACCCAGUUGGGAUGAAGAUUUUGCAGAUGUGUACCAUGACCUAAUCCACUCUCCUGCCUCGGAAACACUUCUGAAUUUGGAACAUAAUUACUUUGUUAGUAUCUCAGAACUGAUUGGUGAAAGAGAUGUGGAGCUGAAAAAAUUACGAGAGAGACAGAGUAUUGAAAUGGAAAGAGUGAUGCAGGAGUUGGGAAAGUCACUGACAGAUCAGGAUGUAAAUUCACUGGCUGCUCAACAUUUUGAAUCCCAGCAAGACUUAGAGAACAAAUGGUCGAAUGAAUUAAAACAAUCAACUGCCAUCCAAAAGCAAGAGUAUCAGGAAUGGGUGAUCAAACUUCAUCAGGACCUAAAAAACCCCAACAACAGCUCCCUCAGUGAGGAAAUUAAAGUUCAACCAAGUCAGUUCCGAGAAUCUGUAGAAGCAGUUGGAAGGAUUUAUGAGGAACAGAGAAAGUUAGAAGAAAGUUUUACCAUUCACUUAGGAGCCCAGUUGAAAACCAUGCAUAAUUUGAGAUUGCUAAGAGCAGAUAUGCUGGACUUCUGUAAGCAUAAAAGAAAUCAUCGAAGUGGUGUGAAACUUCAUCGGCUCCAAACAGCACUCUCACUUUAUUCUACAUCUCUCUGUGGCCUGGUCUUACUAGUUGAUAAUCGAAUUAAUUCAUACAGUGGUAUUAAAAGAGAUUUUGCCACAGUUUGCCAAGAAUGCACCGACUUCCAUUUUCCCCGCAUUGAAGAGCAGCUGGAAGUUGUUCAGCAGGUGGUACUUUAUGCGCGAACCCAGCGCAGGAGCAAGUCCAAAGACUCACAUGAUUCUGGAAACCCAAAUGGAGGCAGUGAUGACAAGACUAAAAAUGCUGAGAGAAACUAUUUAAAUAUUUUACCUGGAGAAUUUUAUAUUACGCGACAUUCUAAUCUCUCAGAAAUCCAUGUUGCAUUCCAUCUUUGUGUGGAUGACCAUGUCAAAUCAGGAAACAUCACUGCCCGUGAUCCUGCCAUUAUGGGACUCCGAAAUAUACUCAAAGUUUGCUGUACCCAUGACAUCACAACAAUAAGCAUUCCUCUCUUGCUGGUGCAUGAUAUGUCAGAGGAAAUGACUAUACCCUGGUGCUUAAGGAGAGCAGAGCUUGUGUUUAAGUGUGUCAAAGGUUUCAUGAUGGAAAUGGCUUCAUGGGAUGGAGGAAUUUCUAGGACAGUACAAUUUUUGGUGCCACAGAGUAUUUCUGAAGAAAUGUUUUAUCAACUUAGUAACAUGCUCCCCCAGAUCUUCCGAGUAUCAUCAACACUCACUCUGACGUCCAAGCACUAAACCCUUAUAGACAUGCUGGCAGAAGACGAUUGUUAAACUCGCCAGGAACUUGAGCUAUGCUGGAUUCUGUCAAGCAGAAGAUGCCCAGAAAGAGAACCUGCAGCCCCAGCCACACUUCAAAUCAUGACAUAUGUCAGUUAAACCAUUCCAAAACUUUAUAUGCUGCAGAGACUGCUAACUGGCCCCUACCUUAAACAUUUGUUCUUGAAGUCUCUUUAUGAAGCUCUUUUUUCCUACUAUGUCCUACCUGUGAAUGUUAAUACAUUAAAACUUUUUCUGUAUCAUCCAUGAACACUUGCUACAGGAAACUGUUCACUGCAUUUUCAUGGAAACAUUCAAUUUUUCCAAAAGGCUUGAAUCAUGUAAGGGACAAGCCUUAAGCAUAUAAAUAAAAUCUUCCUUUGACUUUAUUUGCCAAAUCAUAAAAAGCAUUGAAGUGUGUGUCGCAAGUAUGACGUUCUUGUGAAAAUGGUUUUGUAGAAGCAUAAAUAUAUGAGACAAAUGUACUUUCUUUCAAA